CUCCCCUUAAUUUACGAAUAUAUACAGAAAGAUGAUAUACAAGUAGCCAUUUAGCCAACCACCGCAUAGGCGCAUACUCACUCUCAGCGUCUCCGGCUUCUCUCCGGUUGUGCUUGUGCGGGGAAAAAGCCCUAGAAAAGCCUAUCAAAUAGCAAACCAGCCCAUCCCCGGAUUCACCUCUGCGCAACUGCAAUUCCUAUGCCUUUAUUCUGUCUGGUGUGCGUCUGACGCCACGCGAUCUUUUCCGAGUUAUUUACUUGGAACUCUUACUGAUUUGGGUAGCUGAACAAGUACAUUUUGUCAAAAACUAUAGAGGAGCUAAUACCAUUCCGAUGAUACCUAGAAAUGGAAAUGCAGCUCACUUUGGGAAGUGAUGCAGAUCUCCAUCCUAGAAGCUCCCCAGAAAAGAAGGAUGGGGGCUUUACUCUUAGACAAGUGAAAUGUGUAGAAAAACUUGUAGAGUCAUCACAAGAACAUGCUUUACCAGAACGGAUGAUGUGCUCACAGGAUCAUGCUGUAUUGGAGCAGGUAACAACAUCCUUGGAAGAUCAUACCACACUUCUGCAGCCAGCCAGAAGACAAACUCGGAAAUGGGCUGCAUGGACGCGUGAAGAGGAAGAAAGUUUUUUCUCAGCAUUACGACAUGUUGGCAAGAACUUUGAAAAAAUCACCAACCGUGUUCAAAGUAAAAACAAGGAUCAGGUUAGGCACUAUUACUAUCGUCUUGUUAGGCGCAUGAACAAGUUGUUGGGGCCAGACUUUUUCCUUGAUGCCAAAAACUCGAAAGACACUAAUGCUGCUAUGUUGCGAUGGUGGUCUUUACUGGAAAAGUAUAGCUGUAAAGCUUCAAAGCUUCACUUGAAGCCCCGUAGGUUCAAAAUUUUCAUUGAGACCCUGGAGAAUCAACUCUUGAAAGACCGAAAAAAGAAUGUCAGAAGGUGUUUUUCUCAAGGGGAAAGCACAUCAACUGCCCCUAUUUCUCUUCCAAAUCAAGGCAGGGCUUCUGGUCAUGCUAGUCAGUCAGUCAAGUUGGUUCUUCUUGAAAAUCAAGACAUACAAAAAUUUGGGUCUGGAAAAGGGUCAUUGCUAAAACGCCAUGUAAAUAUAAGUUCCAACAGUAUCUCUCAUAAAGCAUCUUCUCCCCCUCCUAAACCAGCUAGACACCGGCGAAAGAUAGGUGCUGUAUCCGCUGCUACAUAUAAAAGAUGGGAAAAGGCUGCAAUUGCAGGGGUUUCAUUAGUAGCUGAUGCUGCUGAGCAUUUGGAGCGCACAACCAAUGAUGCUUUCCAGGAUAUACAUGUGCAAAAUGGUUUGGAACAUGCUGGAGGAGUUCCACACACUUUCCCGACUUUGUUGCAUAAUCCGUUCAAUGAGACCAAUUUGCAGAGUUCAAGGAAACUAAAACUCCAACUUUUUCCUAUGGAUGAUGAUACAAGAAGAGCCUUGGAACUGGAUAACCAUAACCCACAUCUGGAGCUCACUCUAAGUACACAGAAGAAGAUAUCAUCAGUAAUGGAACAUCUCAAUCGCAAAUGGGGUAAUUCUAGCGUGGCAUGUGGAGAUUUAUUGCUUUUCCCUUACCAAUCACAAAAAGAAAACAUGGUGCAUUUUCAGAAAUGGACCAAGGAUUCUACCCUCACUGCUGCGAAUGUAUAUGUACUAGUUGGAAGGCCUCCUGUUUUCCGUCUUAGGUAUGGGUGGUUUUCAAAUGCCGAAGCAACAUUUUUGGCACCAUCUCUGUCUGCCAUACCUUGUGGACGUGAUCCAAAUAGCCAUAUUAUGCAAGAAAAACGCAUAGUGUUACCAGCUGCUUCCUCUGAUACCCCUAAAGGGGAGAAUUGUUGUUCUAGUGUGAACAGUAUGAAUAUUUCAAGGAGUUGUGAACAUACUGAAGCUGUUAGUUGGGAACGUUCUGAAACCAUAAUGACACAUGCAGAAGUGUUUAACAAGACUAGUGCCUCAUGUGCUGGGGAAUGGGCUGACAGCCUUACAAACAUAAGUGUUGGAGAUCUACUCUCUGAAGUACAUGCGGUUGAAGAUGCCAAUCGCAUAACUUCCAGAAUACCUACUAGCAGUUCUAAUUAUGUCAAUCAUAUACCAUUCAACUGUGACUCCUUUGAUGCCGCAAUUGCUGCUCAUAUAAAGAAACAUCAAAAUAUAGUGAAUGCACAUACUGCCUCCCAAUCUGAAUUAUCAACAAUUUGGGGUGCCGAAGAUACAUGCGAUGCAUUUGCGUUUCAGGGACGCUCUCACAGUGAGGAAGUGCAGAAUUCUCUCAAGCAUACUACUCCAGAGAAACAGAUGAAUUUGGCAAAUGCUACUACUGCUGCUGUAUCGGGCACAUUACUUGAGGGCCCCCCUGAUACUGGGAAUGCUGUUGAUGCCACGGCUAGCGCAGACCUAGAAAGUGUACCUGACCCCCCCGUCUACUACAGAUGUGGUGAAGGAUUUUAAUGCAUUCUCUGAUGUAUCUUGGGGUGACACUUUAGGACCGUUGGAUUUGGAUAUACCUUCCACUAGAUGUCACCACAGUGAAGAUCUGAUUUUAAGUGAUAGUCUUGGUGGUGGCUUGAACCAGCUCAUAGCUAGCAGUCUGGAUGCUUUCCAAAACUGCUCAUUUUUAGGAUCUGAUAAGAAAGAAGCAAAAUCAACUUUUGACGCUCAAGAACUAUUGUAGUAUUUCCAGGUUGUUGUAUACAAAUUUGCACUUAGUUUUGAAAUUUGAACCAUGGCAGGUUGAGAGAAUGAUCUCUUUGUUGGUUCCUUGUUAAUAUGCAACCCCUUUUGCACAGCACUAUUGACUUGAUCAGCUGUCCAAUUUCGUUUUUGUUCCUUGCUUCGAGGGGGAUACAUAUUUAAAGGGAGUAUUACGUGCAAUAAUUAUGGAUUAAUUAACCUUUUUAGUUGGUCUAUUGAAAAAAAAACUUUUUAGUGGGUC